AUGGUUCUUAACUCCAUCCUCAAGGCUGGGGGUUCUCCCAAGGUAUCACCACCAGCUACACUUCGUGACUUCAGCCCUACAACCCUCCUUGAUUUCAACGGCGCGGCAGGUAAGCCGGUUUAUCUUGCUGUACGCGGCCGGGUGUUUGAUGUCACGCCAGGGAAGCAUUUCUAUGGGCCGGGCGGGCCAUACGAAAACUUUGCGGGACGGGAUGCUUCCCGCGGUCUGGCUUUGCAGAGCUUCGAGGAAGAAGUGCUUACUAAAGAUCUGAAAGGUCCUUUGGACGAUCUUCGGGAUCUUGACGCCGAUCAGUUGGCGAAUCUCGAGGCAUGGGAAGAACGAUUCUUGGACAAGUACGUGGUGGUGGGUAGAUUGGUUGCCGAAGACGACCUGAGAGCUGGAGCGCCAUAG